UCCUGUCUCAGCUGGAUAGUGAAGACACUUUAAGAAAGAUGGACUCACUGUCUCUAGACACUUCCAUCCAAAGUGCCCUAUCUGUCCUGUACCCACCCUUCGAGGCCACGGCCCCCACGGUCCUCAGCCAGCUCUUCCAGGUCAUCGAGGAGCAGUACAAGGGAGACGCACUCCGCUGCCUUCUCAAUUUCCUCAUCCCUGCCAAGCGCAUCCUUGAGACUGUGCAGCAGGCUGCCUGUGUGGAGUACUGUGACAGGCUGUUCCGCUGUGAAGGCUGGCCGCUGUGCCUGCGGGAGAAGGUGGUCGUCCACUUGGCUCCCAUCAACCCCUUGCACCUGGGCCCGGGGGACUUCUACCUGCAGGUGGAGCCCUUCCGCAACCAGGCCGCCCGUAUUGUCCUCAAGAGCCUGCUUGGAGAGCAACAGGAGGUGGAAAGGACAGCUGUUCCCGAGACCUCCUAUCCCUGUAUCUUCACCGAGGAGUGGUUGACGGGCGUCAACAAAGGCCGCCACGGAGCACCACUGCGCUGCUGCGUCCUGUGCACUGAUCAAGGCAUUGUGAAAGUGCCGUGGGUGCAGGUGGCCAAACCGGAAUUUGUGGACAAGCCAAAGGCCACGGCUUCUAGCACCGCUAUCAAGGAGCACCUCCGGGGAGAUCCUGAGCCUUCUCCGAGUCCCUUCUCUGUGGAGACAAGGAUUCUGCCAGCCAAGGAUGGCAUUGCUGUCUCAGUGCGACUUGUGGACAGCAGCUGCUCCAGGCUUGUCAAAGUGGACCACGACAUGCAAGCAGGAAAGCCAGUCAGUCAGAUGCCUCCCAGCUCCUGGGACAGCCAUAGAGACCGUGAGCUGGAGGGAGAAUAUGUGGACCUGGUAGAGUUCACUGAGGAGAAAAAGGCACUAGCUCUGGGUAGGAUGAGGACACAGUCCCAACAAUAUGCCUUCAGACCCAUCAGAAAGACUGCUCCUGCUCCUCCUGAAGACUCCACACCUCACGUACAAACUGUCAAGUUCUCAGAGGAGCUCUGCACACCCUACUCUUUGAGGAAGAUGAGUCAGGACUCCAGAUGGCACCGGGACUCAUAUAUGGCAGCGCUACAGAACCCCAUCAUCUUUGGGAGCAAGUUGCUAGUGCCACAUCCCUCCGGCACCGGCAGGAACCCGGGUUCUGAGAGUGAGGCACAACCGCUUAACCAGCACCAGCACCCUGGACACACUCAAAGUCACAGUUCAAUGAGGGGUCCAGGCACAGACUCAGGGGCCCAACCCCCUUCCCAAUCCACGUCGAUAGAAACUUCCAGAAAUUUCCCAGCAGCACAAAGACUGCACAAAGGUGUCAGAAGCAACAGUGAUGAGUUGUUUCCAGUCCUCAGCAUAGUAGAAAGUGAAAAAGGCACUACAUUUGGACUAGUUUCCCCAAAAUUAGAGAGACGGAGAAACGCAGAAGAAGCGUGCGUACCUCAAUCACUGACCCCACGCUGCCCUCUUGGUGGACAUGGAAACAGCGCUCAGAGUGUGAAAAGCUGCACGUCUCAGAUUCCCGCCUGCUCCUCCAGAAGUCCCCACAAGUGCAGCAGCUCACUCCUGCAGCUGGGACUUGCAUGUCUCCCAGGCAGCAGGGACCGGACUGGCAGGGCCGUGGUGGAGCUCUACGGGGACCACAAGGGCUGGCGGUCCCCCCUUUUCUCCAGCAGAGGACUCUGCAGCCUGCUGCUCUACUACCACUCCAUCAUCAGAAAGGAAGUUUCUGUUUUGGGGAUGAUGCUAGUGAUGGAUUCCAGGAAGAGGCCUCCACCUCCAGCAUUUUGCAAGACACUGCAGAUGCUACAGGAGUGUGGUUCCCACGUCAUCCACCGUGUCCUUAUUCUUGUGGAGAAGGAUACCAACCCGUGUCUGGAAAAGCUUCCUGAACUGCAGAUGGAGGUGGUGACAUCGCUGAAGGCCCUGCAUAACGUGGUAGAGCCGCACCAGCUGACAUCAUGCCUGGAUGGCUCCUUCUUCUACAGCCACGCCAACUGGCUUCACUUCUAUCAGAAACUAGAGCCCUUUGCGCUGGACCUUCAAGAGGCAGUGAACUUGCUCCACAGGGCAAUUGGGAAGUUGGACAGCAUCACAAAGACUGACACGGUGCAGGAUGUGCAGAGGUGUAUUGAGGAACAAAGCGUCUUGAUGAGGGAAGUGCUGGAGGACGCGCGGCUGGUCUUCUUACAGCGGGAAGGUGGAGCCGUCCUGGCCGGCUUGAGGAAGGAGCGGCUGCGAUUCCCUCACUCUGAGGAUUACUGCGAUGCCAUGGACUCAGUGACCGGCCUUUACAACCACGUGGAGGAGCAGGUUCACUUGCUUGUCAUGAAGUCCAAUGAGUCCAUGCAACACCUGGAAUUCCUACUCAACUUCAGAGACCUGGAAGGCAGAUUCAAGAAGAUUUGGGAGUGGUUCCGGUCGGAAGGAGAGAAACAGCUAAAGGAAGCCGAUUCCAUUGGGGAAAGUUUCGAGGGAGUGGACCAGACAUUUCAGAGCUUCGGCGCCUUUCUUGCUCAGGCCACCGAGCAAAAACAGCAGGUCGUGCAGCUCGUGGCCGCGGCAGAAAAGAUUCAAGGGCUGUCCUAUCCGGAGGCGGAGGCUUUCGGUGCAGCACUGCGCUCUUUCCGAUCGAGCCUGGCUCACUUUUGGUCGCGGGCAGAGCGGUGCCACGCAGAGCUGGAGACCACGGUCCACUUACAGCAGUUCUGUGAAAAGGCCACAUCAUUUGCUGAAGAGUGUAAAGAAUAUCUGGAACAGCUUAGUUCCUCUGAUACGAUGUGUCAGAGCACGUUGCAAAACUAUCAGGAAGGGCUUCGUGAAUUUUCAGAAGAACAGUUCCAGUAUUUCGGGAACCACGAAUGCACUCUUAAAGACACCGCAGGAAUGCAGAUUUGUAGUCUGGCCUGGCUCAAGUGCCAGGAGGUCAGGCAGAUGCUGGAGGACAGAUUACAGAGCUUUGUUCAGGUCCAGCAGACAUUGGCUGAAACACCCGGCCCGAGCAGUUGUGUGAUGGACGAGGCUGUUCCUCCGGUGCUCUCUCUGAGCACAGCCGCAGCCAGCUCCACGCACGCUUUAUGUAACAUGGGGGAAAGGUUAAAGACCGUGGCUGGGAACAGAAGCUGCCGCAUUGAGGAAAGUGAUGACGUCGCUGCCUCUUGUUUCAAGAUCACUUUCAGGCCUGACGGAAAAGCAAGCGAAUUAACAAAGAGCUCUGCAGACUCCAGGGAGCCCGUCCAAAUUCAUGGAGGAAAAGAGGAAAAUCGUUCCCCAAAAAGACUGAAAGAGCACACUGCGGUGAGAGGUGGCCCAGGGGCCUGGGGAGAAGGUGUCAUGGGCUGCAAGCGCUUCCCACGGCAUCAGGUUGCAAGCAGGUCCACGAGCGAGAGCUCGGAGUCGGGGAAAUCUCCCUGGCCUGAAACUGUGGGCUCUUCCACAACACAUGAUCAUGAUCAUGCCCAACGCUGUUCGGAGGACCGCCGAGGUGCUGGUGGUGGGAGCGGUACCAAUCAGGAGCCCCUGGCGUGGACUGACUAUCCCACCACUCCCAAGUGUGAGGAGACCAUAUCACAGGCUACUGCUUCAGGAGAGAAAAGCAGCAUUAGUGUUUUACUUGAGCAUUCUUUAAGUACUGCAGUAAGGCUCCGGCGAAUUGUGAAGGAGCUGCUGCUGACGGAGAAGGAGUACGUGCGCUCGCUGGGCUAUGUUGUGACCCACUACUGCCCCUUGCUGGAGCAGGCUGACGUACCCCAGGAUCUGCGGGGUCAACGCGGACGCCUCUUUGGCAACCUGGAGAAGCUGCACGACUUCCACCGGCACGUCUUCCUCAGGGAUCUGGAAGCCUGUCUCCACGAGCCACUCCGCGUGGGCCGCUAUUUUCUGAGACACAGGGAGAAGUUUGGGCUCUAUGCGCUCUACAGCAAGAACAAACCCCAGUCUGAUUCCCUGCUUGUUCAUCAUGGUCAGGAAUUCUUCAAGCAGAAACAAGUGGAACUGGGAGACAAGAUGGACUUGUCAUCAUACUUGCUGAAGCCCGUGCAGAGGAUCAGCAAGUACAGCCUGCUCCUACAGGACAUGCUGAAAGAGUGCGAGACACAGUCACACAGCGAGAGAGGGGAGCUCCAGGCUUCACUGGAAGUCAUCCAGUUCCAGCUACGUCAUGGAAAUGAUCUCCUUGCUAUGGAUGACAUUCAGGACUGUGAUGUGAACUUGAAGGAACAAGGUCAACUUAUUCGGCAAGAUGAAUUUCUAGUUUCCUUCAGGAAGAAAAAGUGUUUCCGCCACAUUUUCCUCUUCCAGGACCUUAUCCUCUUCAGUAAGACGAAGAAAACAGAAAUGGGGAAUGAUGCAUAUAUUUACAAACAGUCUUUCAAGACCUCUGAAAUAGGAAUGACACACAACUCUGGGACCAGUGGGCUCUGUUUUGAGAUAUGGUUUCGCCGGAGGAAGUUGCAAGACACCUACACCCUGCAAGCCGAAAGCAGCGAGGUGAAGGAGGCCUGGACUAAUGAUUUAGAGCACAUCCUGUGGCAGCAGGCCGCACAUAACAGAGAGAUAAGGAUGCAGGAGAGGGUGUUCAUGGGCAUUGGUGACAAACCUUUCAUGGAUAUUCAACCUAGUGAUGCAGCCAUCAGCAACAGAGCCAUCAACUGUGUCCUAACAGGAAGAGAGAAUGACAUUUUGCCAAGGCCUAACUCUAUUGGGUAUGGCAGCAGUACUUCAUCCUCUGGCAGUCAGUCAUCAUCCUCUUCUGGCCGAGGGUCCCUCUCUCUCAACGGCUACCUUAGUGGCCAGUAUUGGAAAGGGACCAAAGGUCCUAUGGAAUCUCCAGCUCCCAGGACUUUGGAGGAGGAUGAUCUGGAUAAUGAAAAUGAGACGCAUUUGCUAAUUGGCAGCUCUGAAUCCUCUGGGGCCAGUGUGAGUGACUUUAGCAGCUCAGACCACAGCUGCCUGUCUGCGAUUGGUGGGGAGGUGGAGGACUCGUCGUCUGUGUCCUCAACAUUUCCCUUCAAAGCUGGCCAUGUCCAUAACACACAGCCCAGUUGCCAGAAGUGUGGUUCUCCUGAGCUGGGCCCAAAAAGACUCCCAACUGCUCCAAAUGCACAGAUUCUGUUAAAAGGAAGACAUGGACUGAAGUCUGAAAUGUCUGUUCAGCUGGUGACUUUGGGCCCACCAAAACUAAAGGUCUCACCAAUGAUAAACUUUGAAGAAAGUAUGAACUCGUCAUCGCACUAG